UUGAAUUUGAUCAGCUUAUAGACAUUAAAAAUUGCAAGGAAAUUGCAGUGAUCCCACCAUUAAGUGGUGGCUAGGUCGCUAGGAUUCUUCAUAAGCAGUGUGCUACAGCUUAAUUCGCCAGAGCCCUUCAAUUGUAUUUUAAAAUGGAUAUUAUUAACUUAGUUGAAGAACAGCUUGAUGUGAAUUCAAUCUACUCUAAAGUGGUUGAACAUUCUACUGGAGCUGUGUCAUUAUUUGUGGGAACAACAAGGAAUAAUUUUGAAGGAAAGAAAGUGAUUAGUCUAGAGUAUGAAGCUUUCAAGCCAAUGGCAUGUAAAGAAAUCAAGAAAAUUUGUGAGAAUAUUAGAGAAAAAUGGAAGGUUAAACACAUUGCAUUCCACCAUAGAUUGGGAGAAGUUCCGGUUGGUGAAGCAAGUGUUGUAAUAGCUGUUUCAUCCGAGCAUCGAGCCGAAUCUUUAGAGGCUGUUCAAUUUGGGAUUGACGCGCUUAAGAAGUCUGUACCAAUUUGGAAGAAAGAACUUUAUAGUGAUGGUGCUCCUGAAUGGAAAGCCAACAAAGAAUGCCUGUGGACAAAUCAAGAAGAAGACGCUAGUCUAUCUAAAAAGAGGAAAAUAAUGGUGGACUAUGCAGCUGCCGAUUGCGUUCAGAUCAAGGCUUCAAAUUUAGAGUUGGGAAAACGAAUUACUGCGUUUAUGGAACGGAAACGAUCAGAGUCGGACGUAUUCAACGUUCAGGAGUUCUGUCACAGACUACCAUUAAACGAAUUAGAGAAUUCAUGUGCUCGCACAGAGGCAGUGCUUGUAAGCAGAAAAGAUAGUAAAAGUCAUCUAAAGGUGUCGAGAUGCGUAAAUAUGUGGGGACCACAAACACACUCUGAAGUUCCGGCUCCAUCUUCAGUAAACACCAAAUUGAAUCCGACUCCUGCUAUCCAAGAACGGCUACAAAAUAUGGAAAAACACUUGGGUUUUAAUUCAAGAGAACAACCUAUUCCACUGGAUGUGUACGGACGCUUGAAAGCCCUUGAAGAUAGAAUCCUUCAUUUGGAAAGCAUUAGUCCUGAAUAUUUCGACGGACCGUUUAAUCUUCAGAAUAAUAAAGAAGAUGAAGAUAUGAUAUCAAAAAUUGAACAAAAAAUGGAUGAAUUACGUAGAAAAUUAGUAUAGUACCACUUUCUUUUUUCUGGUUGUAAUCUGAUCAAUAAAAUAUAAUGCAUCCUUCAAAUUGGUAA